AUGGCUUCAUCACAAGAUAAAGAUUUCCGACGAGAUAAUUCAGAGGUUGAACUCAGCGCCGCCGCAAGAGAAUUCAAGAUUUUCAGUUCUCAUGAUCAGAGGCAGCCGCCACCGCCGACGGCGGCAGCACAGCCACUUCGCGCGGCGGCGCCAUUACUUAAAGAAGAAGAGCAUGAUCACACGAUGGCUGAGAAACCAACUCCACAGCCACCACCUGCAGGAACAGUUCCGCCGCCGCAGAUGAAAAGAUCUUCGACAAAAGACCGCCAUACGAAAGUGGAGGGGCGGGGGCGGAGAAUCCGAAUGCCGGCGGCUUGCGCCGCCAGAGUCUUCCAGCUGACACGUGAGCUCGGCCACAAGUCCGACGGCGAGACCAUACGUUGGCUGCUGGAACAAGCGGAGCCCGCCAUCGUAGCCGCCACCGGAACCGGCACCGUACCCGCCAUCGCCAUCGAAUUCGUCGAUGUGAACGGCGUCAGCUGCCCCCCGCCGUCAAACUCCGCCGCCGCCACCGCCACCGCCGGCGCUAAUAAUUUCUCCAUAAUCAGCAGUAAUAAUUCCGCAAUUAUCUCGACCAAUGGCGCUUCGGUUUCGGCCCCACUGAUGUCGGUGAUACCAAUCUCCGCCAUGUGGGCUAUUCCGAUAGUGGCGUCAAACUCAAAUUCAUCAACCCCGACAUUUCUCAUCUUCCCGCCAAAUCAAACCGCGCAGACGGUUCUCGCGUUUCAGCCGACGGCGGCUGCUGCUGCUCUGAACGUGACGCCGGUGGUGAAUUUCUCCGCCGCGCCGCGGCCAGUUUCUGCUUUCCUCUCCGCCAUGCAACCCGCCGUACGGAUGCCCCAGAUGAAUCUGCAGACUUUUAUGAGUUCGAACUCGGCGGCGGAAAGACCGAGUUUUCCGAGUUCAAGCAACGGCGGCGGGGGCUCCGCCGCGAACAAGGCUCAAAUGCUGAGAGAAAUUUCUUGGGAUAUUCGCGAUAAAAAGGAGUUACCGGCGGCCAUGGCUACUCGUUCGGCUAAGAACUGA